AUGGAAGCUUUGAGUAAGCUUCAACGGCAAAAAGCGGAGUGGAGGGGCUACAUGUACACGGCCCUCCAAAAAGCAUUACGGGACAUUCGCUCUUACACAUUUAAUGAAUGCACGGGAUGGCUACCAAGCCCAGCUAAGAGGGCUGGAGAAGAAACGCAGAGGACUGUCAUGGAUGGCGACAGCAAUUUAAUCAACUCGGACUAA